AAUAUGUAUACCCCCAUCAAGAGACAGUGCAGUAAUGCCAUUAACGAAAUGGCUUCACCCAGAACUCCAGAAACACCUUUGAGUUUUAGCCGCGAACUGCGACAGGUGUUGCAGGAGCGUAAUCUACUGACAGUGAAAACAAGGAACAAAGUUUGUUCAAUGUUAGCUGGUGGAACAGGGCGUUCGCCCAUCAAUUCUCCCAACACCGAAAUGGACAAAAGAAAAACAUUUCGCUUGCAGGCCAUACAUGAAAUUGUUACAUCGGAAAAAACGUAUCUUCAGCAAUUACAACUACUUAUGGAUUAUUUUGUAAAGCCUCUAAAGGAACAAAAGAUCAUCGAUGAAGUCAGUCAUACCACGCUCUUCGGUCAAAUAGAAAUGAUACAUAAUUUAAAUGGGGAGUUUCUCAAGGAACUCGAAUCAGAUAUGGAUAAUGUUGCCAAGGCCUUCCUGAAAAUGGCACCAUUUUUCAAAUUGUAUUCGGUGUAUGCUUUUGACUACCGCCAUGCGUUGCUUGUGCUGCAGGAACUUACGUCGAAAAAUGCUGCAUUUCGAAAAUUUCUGGAAACAACGGAAUUCUGUCCCCAAGUGCAGCGCAAAUUGAAUUCCCUUAUGAUAGCUCCAAUACAAAGAGUACCAAGAUACAAGCUGCUCUUGGAACAAGUGUUACUCUACACAAGCCCGGCAGAUGCAGAUUUCAAGCUACUGAAGGAAUCGGUAAAACAAAUCGAAAAUACAGUAUCUCACAUCAAUACCUGUGUGGAAGAUCAGGAGGUGACACAAAUGUUAAUAAAUAUACAAAAUUCUUUGGUAAAUCGAACACCGAAUAUUGUCAAGCCAUCACGGAAGGUUAUAAAGGAAGGAGUUCUAAAUAAAGUUACACGAAAUGGCAGUGAAAUUAAGCGCUAUUGUGUCCUAACCUCAGACAUAUUUAUGUAUUGUAAAAUACUCAAGGAACGUGCCCCCAAUACGGUUGUGGAAAAUUCCCUGGAAUGCUGUUGUAUCUUUCCCCUGAAGAAGUGCAAGGUGUAUGAACUGCUACCGGGCUCAUUUAAAAUAACCUGCCAGAGUGAUGGCAUUAUAUUUAGUUCUAGCGAUUUGCAGCUGAGUCGUAUUUGGGUGGGUUUCAUAAGGGACGCCAUUGAUUUGCACAUUCAAUGCCGUAAGACACUGCGAAAGGAAAGUAGCAAACGUACACCGUUGAGAAAGAAGGAGGUGAAAAACUUUGGCGAAGAUUAUAUGCUUAGUCCGAAACAAAAGAAAUCGGAUUUUGAAAAUAUUUUUAGAAAUAGAACUAUUGAUUCUGAAGAUGAAAUGGAAAAUUCAUUUACCGCUACAAAUUGUUUCGGUGGUGGUAAUAAACGUAAAACUGAUACCAGCAACCCCAAAGGAAUAACAAAUAACAAUUCAGCUAUGGCAAAGGCAACAAAACGCAAAGCUCCAGAAGACAUUGAAGAAGAACAUGAAUCUAUAUUGCGCGAUAAGACUGAACAACAGCAAAAUGCGGUACGCAUGAGUCCGGAAAAACGCCUCUCAAAAUUAUAUAAAUUUAUAUCAAAUGAUAAAAUGCGUGCCACAACACGUGGCAUAUUGAAGAAAACACAAUCGCGCACCACAACUACGCACACGAACACCGGUGCAUUGUCCGGCCCUGCUCCAGGCCAGGAACAACAAGCAAAUCGCCUUUCAGAUAAUGACCCCACUUAUGGUUUCGCCAGCCGUUAUUCCGAUUCGAAAUCUUAUUUUAAAGCCCACAAUGUUGAUACCACAAUACCAAAUGCAAUGGUAAAACGUGAAGAUCUGCUCAACAAUGAAAUACCCAUCGAAGGAGGUGGCAAUUUUCGUGAUGUUCUUUUUCCACUUCGGGCCAGUAAUGGCAGUAAUAAAAGCCAUUGUGAUUCGCCUACAAAUUUAAGAAAUACUUUCACAAAUAUUAAGAUUUCUUCGCCGCCUCGAAAGAAACGUGUCAAAUUUGAUGAUUCUUUGGAUGCACUAUAUGAACAGCCAACAUUUGAAUUUCAACGAGAUAUGAGCCAAGGAAACGGCAAAAAUUCAGCUUCAUUGCGUGAAAAAAUUUACGAUUUCUUUGCAAAUUUGUUCUAG